AUGAGUUUCUCGGCCUACGCGCCACCUCCAACCGCAUCGGGGGCGCUUAGGAUCUUGAAACCUGACUUCCCGGAAGGUCAAACCACGGUGGUCGGUGAUUAUCCAUCCGAAGCACAUGCUCCGACCUUUUCAACCGGAUUACUUAACAGUUCCCAGCAGCUGCAGCUCCAGAUAGGUGAUCAACGCGCGGUGACGGUGUCGGCUGAUGUAGUUGAUCUCUCACCUCCAGAAGAAACAGAUCUACGUGCCUUUGGGCACUCGAUUGUUAAUAGCCUUACCGGAAAUAACAACCGUGUGCUGGAUGAAAACUAUGCCAGCGGUGCUAGUUUUUCUGAUCUUCUGCACCAGAGAAAUUCUGGAUAUGACCUUGCUAAUCAUUUCAGUAACGGGGAAGGGCCGAGAAUCUCACAGCUUAACCAACGACCUCAUUCGAUCAUCGGAUCAUCCAUUGAUAAUACACCGUUCGAUCCACUAGCGAAUGCAAUGAACAGUUUGACCGGAAUCAAUUUAAGGAAUGCAUACAAUCAAUAUAAGCAGUUUGAUGAUCUUGAUGAUGAUGAUGAUGAUGACCUGCCGACCUGGAGUUAA